UGCUCUCCAUCGGGUAUAUGUACCACCCCCGGGUCCCCGCUCCCCGGAACCGCGCGCGCGCUCCAUUCCUGCCACCAUUCUCCACUUCCGUCCUCGCCGCGCUCUCCGUUCCGCCGCAAUCCCAGGAAUAGCAGGUAACAGGUUCUCCAUCCUGGCGCCUUGAUUCCGCUCAUCAUCUAUGGGGUCCGAGAGAACUGAAAGAAAUGACAGCUUGCUGGGCAAUGGAGUUGUCGGUAUUCUCGCUGAGACUGUUAAUAUGUGGGAGAGGAGGGCACCAUUAACUCCUUCCCAUUGUGCACGUCUUGUGCUCGGAGGGGGCAGGAGCACGAGUGGCGUAAAUCGAAUCAUCGUGCAGCCAAGCACAAAGAGGAUUCACCAUGAUGGUCAGUACGAGGAUGCUGGGUGCGAGAUUUCAGACGACCUAUCAGAGUGUGGUCUUAUCAUAGGCAUCAAGCAACCGAAGUUGGAGAUGAUUCUUCCAGAUAGAGCAUAUGCGUUCUUCUCACAUACUCACAAGGCCCAGAAAGAAAAUAUGCCUCUAUUAGAUAAGAUCCUCCAAGAAAGAGUGUCCUUGUUUGAUUACGAGCUAAUUGUUGACGAGAAUGGGAAACGGUUGAUAGCGUUUGGAAAAUUUGCUGGAAGAGCUGGGCUGAUAGACUUCUUGCACGGUCUUGGACGGCGAUAUUUGAGCCUUGGGUACUCAACCCCUUUUCUCUCUCUGGGGCAGUCCCAUAUGUAUCCUUCGCUCGCUGCAGCCAAGGCUGCAGUCAUUGCCGUUGGUGAAGAGAUAGCAACAUUCGGACUUCCAUCUGGAAUUCUUCCAAUAAUAUUUGUGUUCACCGGAACUGGAAAUGUUUCUCAGGGCGCACAAGAGAUAUUCAAGCUAUUGCCCCAUACCUUUGUUGGUGCUGAAAAACUUCCUGAGAUUUCUGCGGGCAAGAGUCUGUCACCACAUUAUCAGUCAACCAGGAGAGCAUUCCAACUAUAUGGAUGUGUUAUCACAUCUAGGGACAUGGUCUCACCCAAGGAUCCCAGCAAAUGUUUCGACAAAGAUGACUAUUAUGCUCACCCGGAACACUACAACCCUGUUUUCCAUGAAAGGGUUGCUCCAUAUGCAUCUGCCAUUGUUAACUGUAUGUACUGGGAAAGGAGGUUUCCACGGCUAUUGAGCACUGAACAGUUACAACAACUGAUGAAAAAUGGAUGCCCUUUGGUUGGCAUUUGCGAUAUAACUUGUGACAUUGGAGGUUCCAUAGAAUUUGUGAAUAAGAGUACAUCAAUAGAGAGUCCUUUCUUCAGGUACGAUCCUUCUACUAAUUUAUGCCAUGAUGAUAUGGAAGGCGAUGGUGUGAUCUGCUUAGCUGUCGACAUUCUCCCUACAGAGUUUUCUAGAGAGGCCUCCCAGCAUUUUGGAGACAUAUUAUCUAGAUUUGUUACUAGCUUGGCCUCAACUAAGGGAUUAUUGGAGCUACCGUCCCACUUGAGAAGAGCCUGCAUUUCAUAUUCUGGCAAGCUCACUCCUCUGUACGAAUAUAUUCCUCGGAUGAGAAAGACUAUUUUAGAAAUGUCACCAGCUCCAGCAAAUUCACUGCCUGAUAAGAAGUACACCCACCUGGUAUCCCUCAGUGGCCACCUCUUUGAUAAAUUCCUUAUAAAUGAAGCUUUGGACAUUAUUGAAACAGCGGGGGGUUCUUUUCACUUGGUUAAGUGUGAUGUUGGACAAAGCAUUGACGAUAUGUCCUACUCAGAGCUUGAAGUAGGAGCAGAUGAGACUGCUACAUUAGACAAGAUUAUCGAUUCCUUGACUUCUAUAGCCAAUGCACAUCGUGGAGAUCCUAAUGCAACCGAGAUAUCUCUGAAGAUAGGAAGAGUCAGCGAACGCAGAAUUGAUGACAGCAUGGAUAAAGUAGGACCAAAGGUUUUGAUUCUUGGAGCUGGAAGAGUUUGUCGCCCAGCUGCUGAGUUUCUAUCAUCUUAUCGAAAUAUUGACAUCAAUGGUUGUAAUGACUAUAAAACUGACCAAGUUCAUGUUAUAGUGGCAUCUUUGUAUCAAAAAGAUGCAGAAGAGACAAUUGACGGGAUAAAGAAUGCAACAGCAGCUCAGCUUGAUGUUUCAGAUAUUGGAAGUCUUUCAAACCUUGUUUCACAGGUUGAAGUUGUAGUUAGCUUGCUGCCUGCUAGUUUUCAUGCUGCCAUUGCAAGAGUAUGCAUUGAGCUCAAGAAGCACCUGGUCACAGCAAGCUAUGUUGAUGAUUCCAUGUCAAAGUUUGAGCAAGCUGCACAAGGAGCAGGUGUAACUAUACUCUGCGAAAUGGGCCUUGAUCCAGGCAUAGAUCACAUGUUGUCUAUGAAAAUGAUUGAUGAGGCACAUGCUCAGAAGGGGCAAAUAAAGGCAUUUACAUCUUUCUGUGGUGGACUUCCAUCUCCAGCUGCCGCAAACAAUCCACUGGCCUAUAAGUUCAGUUGGAGUCCAGCAGGUGCCAUUCGAGCUGGAAGAAAUCCUGCUGUCUACAAAUUCCUUGGAGAGAUCAUCCAUGUUGAUGGUAGCAAAUUAUAUGAGUCAGCAAAGAGGAUCAGACUGCCGGAGCUUCCAGCUUUUGCUCUGGAACACUUGCCGAAUAGGAAUUCCUUGAUGUAUGGAGACCUGUAUGGGAUUUCUAAAGAAGCAUCUACUGUAUAUAGGUCCACUCUUCGUUAUGAAGGAUUUAGUGAGAUCAUGGCUAUCCUGGCGAAAAUUGGGUUUUUUGAUGCUACAAAUCAUCCACUGCUAGAAGAAACUAAUCGCCCAACAUAUAGGACAUUUCUCAGUGAACUCCUUAAUGUCAAUGAUAUCUCCCCACCUAACACAAAGGUAAAUGGCGAAGAAUCUAGAGGACAUGAUGAUGAAGUGAUUUCCAGACUCAUGAUGCUUGGGCAUUGCAAAGAAAAGGAACUAGCUUUCAAGAUACUCAAAACCAUCAAGUUCCUUGGACUGCAUGAGGAGACAGAGAUUCCUAAGGAUUGUACAAGUGCACUGAGUGUUAUUUCCCAACGAAUGGAACAGAGAAUGGCCUAUGGCCACGAUGAGCAGGACAUGGUACUGCUCCACCAUGAAGUCGAGGUGGAGUACCCCGACGGGCGACCCGCCGAGAAGCACCAAGCGACGCUGCUGGAGUUCGGAAAGUCCGAGAAUGGCAGGUCCACCACCGCCAUGGCCCUGACCGUCGGGGUACCGGCAGCGAUAGGAGCCCUGCUGUUGCUCCAGAACAAGGUCCAGAGGAAAGGUGUGAUCCGGCCUCUGGAACCGGAAAUCUACAUCCCAGCGUUGGAGAUCCUGGAGGCGUCUGGCAUCAAGCUGAUUGAGAGAGUGGAGACUUGAGGAUGGGAUGAGAAUUCCCCGACUACAUAUGCUGCUGAAGAGAGGCAGUCAGUAAAUAAAAUGAUGAUUCGUCGCUGUUCUAUGUAAUGAACUGUAUGUGUAUAUGUGCAUAUGUAUUAGGUGUAUAUAUCAAUAAACUGAUUGGUUCAGUUUGGGAA